AUGCAGAGACAGAAGACUAAUCGCCAUCGCCUCGUUCUCCCCGCAGGCGGUGGCACUCCCGAAUUACCAUCCAGUCAGUCUCUACCUGCAAAUCAGCAGCGAGUCCAACUAGGCGCCGUCGUCCUUGUUCUCUUCCGAUUCUACCCCGCCGCGACUCUCCGUCGAGGGCCGCGGAUCGGAACACUGGCGUCCUCACGGGCGACUGGCCGCUUGAGCCUGAUCUCCAGGCACCUCGAGCAGCGUCUACCGUUGCCCGAGCUCAACACGCCCUUCUCGACCGAAAGGAUCUCCGUCGAACCGGACGACCUAGAGUAUAAACCCAUCGAUCGAACAAUCUCCUCCUUAUCCCCCGCAACUCCAUCCAGACAGCCCAGAUCAAACGCCAGGAUGUCAUCCCAAGCCCCUCAUUCCACUCUCUUGAUCCCAGGACCCAUCGAAUUCGACGAUGCGGUCCUGCAGUCCAUGUCCCACUAUGCUGAGAGCCACGUUGGCCCGGCCUUCGUCAAGGUCUUUGGAGAAUCAUUGACUCUUCUGCGGAAACUCUUCCAGACCAGCAACCCCGCCUCGCAGCCGUUGAUCAUCUCCGGUAGUGGUACUCUGGGAUGGGAUAUCGUGUCGUCGAACCUGAUCGAGAGGGGCCAGGAUGCGCUCGUCCUCCACACCGGUUACUUCGGUGACUCUUUCGCUGCCUGUCUUGAGACCUACGGCGCGCAGGUCACGCAGCUCAAGGCUCCCAUUGGCGAGAGACCAUCGCUCUCCGAGAUUGAACAGGCGCUGAAGCAGAAGUCGUACAAGGUUAUUACUAUCACGCACGUCGACACCUCUACUGGAGUGUUGAGUGACAUCAAGGCCAUUGCUGAGCUUGUCCGCCGUGUCAGCCCGGAGACGCUGGUCGUCGUUGAUGGGGUGUGCAGUGUCGGAUGCGAAGAGAUCGCUUUCGACCAAUGGGACCUGGACGUCGUCCUGACGGCCAGCCAGAAGGCCAUCGGCUGUCCUCCCGGUCUGAGCAUCCUGAUGCUCUCUGAGCGUGCCAUCAACCGCUUCCAGUCCCGCCAGAGCCCUCCUGGAUCCUACUAUGCUUCCCUCAAGAACUGGCUACCCAUCAUGCAGAACUACGAGGCCCUCAAGCCUUCCUACUUCGCUACUCCUCCCACUCAGCUCGUCCACGCUCUGCACACCACUCUAUCCCAGAUCACUGGAAACAUGGCUGAGCGCUUCGCCGUGCACACCAAGGCCUCUGACCGUGUCAAGGCCAGCGUUGCCGAACUCGGUCUCACCCAGCUGGCCGUCAAGCCCGAGAACCAGGCGCACGCCAUGACUGCCAUCCGUCUCCCCGAGGGCAUCGCUGCUGCGGACGUUCUCCCUGGCUUGGCCAAGCGCGGUGUCGUCUUCGCUGGCGGUCUUCACAAGGAGAUUGCCACCAAGUACAUCCGAUUCGGCCACAUGGGCGUCAGCGUCACUGACCCCGCCCGCGGUGAUAUCGACAAGGCCAUUGCGGCUCUGAAGGAGUCCAUCACUGAAGCCAAGAAGGCAAAGGGUCUGUAAAUAGUUGCACAUAUCAACAUCUAGCGUUAGAUUCCCACCCAAAAAAACAUCAGGCUUCUUGGAACGCAAUAAUAGGAAGGAGGGGGCAAGGAUCCAAAAAAAAAGUGUACACGGGGGCUAUUUCAGGCACAUAAAAUUCAGAACGAGUGAAUGAAAAUGAAACCAAACUAAAACUUCAUCUUCAAAAGACUGUCAUCCUUACUGUAAACUAUAAAUAACAUUGGCCAAGGCCACAUUUGCCGUAAGUUAG